AUGGCGGACUCGCUGUCGACAGGUCUGGGAGAGGAGAAGGAGAAGGAGAAGGAGAAGGCGGACAGGGAGAAGGACGGAAAGGCUGCCAAAAGCGAGGAGAAUAAGGCGAAGGACGGAGUCACGGCGACGCUGCGGUUCAGCGAUAAAAAUGGCGGCAGUAAGGCAAAGAAACGCAACCUGUCAGACCUUUCUCUGCUCAGAUUUGUAACUACUGAGCUUACCAGAGGCUAUUUCCUGGAACACAAUGAGGCCAAAUACACAGAGCGCAGAGAGAGGGUCUACACCUGCCUCCGCAUCCCCAAGGAGCUGGAGAAGUUGAUGACAUUCGGCUUCUUCCUGUGUCUUGAUGCCUUUCUCUACGUGUUCACACUGUUGCCCCUCAGAGUGAUUCUGGCCCUUUUACGACUCCUCACGUUGCCAUGCUGUGGCCUCAGUGGGUCCCGCCUGCUCCAGCCAGCCCAAGUGUGUGAUGUGCUGAAAGGCUUCAUUAUGGUUUUGUGUUACUCAAUGAUGGGAUACGUGGAUUAUGCCAUGAUGUACCACCUCAUCAGGGGACAGUCUGUCAUCAAACUGUACAUCAUUUACAACAUGUUAGAGGUAGCGGACCGCCUGUUCUCAUCAUUUGGCCAGGACAUCCUAGAUGCUCUGUACUGGACAGCCACCGAACCAAAGGAGAAGAAGAGAGCGCACAUUGGCGUGAUUCCCCACUUCCUCAUGGCCGUGCUCUACGUCUUUCUCCAUGCUAUCCUCAUCAUGGUUCAGGCCACAACUCUCAACGUAGCCUGCAACUCUCACAACAAAUCUCUGCUCACCAUCAUGAUGUCAAACAACUUUGUGGAGAUCAAAGGAAGUGUGUUUAAGAAGUUUGAAAAGAACAACCUUUUCCAGAUGUCAAACAGUGACAUAAAAGAGAGGUUCACCAACUUCUUCCUCCUGCUCAUUGUCUGUCUGAGAAACAUGGAGCAGUUUUCAUGGAACCCUGACCACCUGUGGGUGCUGUUUCCUGACGUACUUAUGGUGAUAGCCUCAGAGGUUGCUGUGGAUAUUGUUAAGCACGCUUUCAUCACCAAAUUCAACGACAUCAGCGCUGACGUGUACGGAGAAUACCGAGCCAGCCUUGCCUUUGACCUUGUCAGCAGUCGACAGAAAAAUGCCUACACAGACUACAGUGACUCAGUAUCGAGGAGAAUGGGCUUCAUCCCCCUUCCUUUAGCUCUGCUGUUGAUCAGGGUAGUGACCAGCUCAGUGAAAAUCCAGGGUUCACUCUCCUUUAUGUGUGUGCUGCUGUUUUACUUGGGGAUGAUCACUCUAAAAGUGCUCAACAGUAUUGUUCUGCUGGGGACAUCUUGUGUGUUUGUCAAAGAGGCCAACAUGGAAGAAAAGCUCUUUGACCCUCCACCUUCUGCCGCCUCCAGCCGUGCAAACUCCAGAGCUCACCGGACCAAACACGUUCACACUUCACCACAGCAAGAACCCACGACAGACAAAGGAGGACUCUCACUGGCAUCAGACAGUUGUCAGGCCGCCAACAUGGCAGAGAGCUCUGCCCCCGCAAUUCCCAAGAGCGACUCAGACACAUUCUUGACAACGCCUGACGAAGAGGAUGAUGACAAGAUCAUCAACGCUGACACAGGACUGGAAGAAGACGGACUCAAAAACAGAACGCCCAAGAAAGACUUGCUGGAGAUAGACCGGUUCACCAUCUGUGGCAACCGAAUAGACUGAAUGCCACAGGAACAACCAGUAAGUGUCCUGGAAACACAGCAAGGUUCAGGGAUCAGACACGAGUCAUGGAACAUGCUUAAACCGGACUUAUUCUUGUGCACCUGACCCCUGGAGUAUUUAUUUAUUUAUUACUGAAAAAACCAGCCAAGGCAUAAAGCUGUUACUACAAGCAUCAGAGUCAGCUUCAUAUGUUUCCAGCUGGUCCAGUCCGUUUCCCAUUAACCAGGCAGACUCUGAGGAUGGGUUGCUGCCAUCACGGCAACCUGCAGAAAAGCAUGUUGAUGAAAGUGAUGUGAAAAACUGGUGUACGCAGCGGGAGUGGAGCACAAAGAGAGGAACAAAACUGCAUAUGGGAAAUUUUGUGAUUGUUGGAACGUGACAGCUGGACUGUGCAAGUGUGUUCAAAAGCACAAUCAAAUGUACAGCGAGGAGUUGUUUUUAGACAGAACUUGUCAAAAAAAAGCUUGUCAAUUUUUUAAUUUUUUAAUUUUAAUUUCAAAUGUCUGAAAUUCUAAUAUUUCAAAUGAAUUUUUUUAUGAAAAAUCUCAGACAUUUUUUCUAAAAAUGAAAAUGUUCAGCUGCAGGAUUAACGCUCACUAUCGCAUGAAAACAUUGUUCAAAUCUCAAAGCCGUUCUGCAGACCCACGCACUGACAAACAUGUAAAGGGUUUGUUUUUGAAUUGAGUUACUGUGAUGAGCCCAUACGUCCAUAGCUGAAAUCCAACACGUUAAACGUUGCAGUAGUGAAACUACAUACAGUCUGGGAUGAGUGCAUUGUCUUUUAUUUCCAUCUUCAGGUCACACAGUUUGGACUUUUAGACGCAGAUAAAAGUUUGCAGGUUUUAGUAUCAUGCCAUUUGUAUUGAUAUUGUUACUCUGAAGCACUGAGAUAAGACAAUGCCUGUUUGUGAAGGCGCUAGUAUUAUGUAUUAUUUUGAAGUGACCUCCAAGCCAGACAGGUUUGGCAGAUAAUUCUUGUUUUGAAGCGAUUUUUAUUUUUUAUUUUUUUUAUAAGUAUGGUUCAUGUGUACUCUCAUCAUUCAAGCAUGCAGCACCGGAUAAUCAUUACAACAACAAUAGACAUAUAGUAAUUUUUAUAUUGGAAACUCUCAUCUGAAGAAAUGUCUUGGUGGAGUACCAGUGUGCUUGGUCCCAUUUUAAAUUCGUGGUGUUACACCAGUAUCGAUUUAACAUGUUUUCCAGUUCUUCACCAUUAUCUUGACAGUGAUCUGAAGAAUAAAUGAAGAUUGCAUAUAUGCAGGUAAAAUGGUCAAGGAUACCUGAGGGCUAAGACACAGCUGUAAGUAUGACUCACAUCUACAUAACAAGAAACAGGAAGGAGGGAAAUAAUAGUAAUGUAAUCACAUGAAAGCAGUGACCCCAGCAAUUUUCAUUUGCCAGGGACCUGUACAGCAAGAAAAGUAAGGUUUGAUCCCAAAAGGUAGCUGGAAUUGUUUUGGUGUGGUUAGCUGCUGGCUUUGAGUUUUGGAAGAGGCUCUUUGCAAUUGCUUGUACACCAAACAGUCUCAGAGAUGAUAGCUGGAGGCGCUGUUCAAUCAGUUGAGCAGAUCAAAAAACUGUCUGCUCUGAAGUGCCAGGAGUUGCAUGCAAAGUGCAAAAGCUAUGUCCAGCCAAGCUCCAACUUUUUAAUUUUUGCCUCUCAUGUGUUAUCAUUACAUGCAAGCCACAGUGCUAAACAUUUGGUUUUUAAAAAACAUAUAUAUAUAUAU